AUGAACGAAUGGGUUCAGAACCCGAAGGCGAAUUCGGCACUGAGCGAUCUUAUACCUUGUGCGGAAAAGGAAGCGGGCCUAAGGAUAAAGGAAGCAGGCAAAACAGUAACUACAACUAUUAAUGAUAUGCUCAACCAAAGGGUUACCUAUGCCAACACAGAUAACCUAUACAAUCAAUCCGGUCCCUUAGUGCCUUUAGUCUGCGAUCCAUACAAUUAUGGCGACUCUCAACAGAGUUGUGGUGAUCAAGUGCCCUUACCAAAUGCAGAAGAGGAAUGGAAGAAAUAUGUAUGCCAAGCUUCUGGGAGUGGAAAUUGCAUGACAGCGGGGCGUUUAACACCAGAGAUGUAUGACGAGAUGAGUAGCGCGGUGAAUAUAAGCGAUGGGUUAUACGAGUCGAGUCACUUCAUUGCCACAGUUGUGGACUGCACUAUGGUGGAAGACACUUUUAGAAACAUAACCCAAAACCAUUGUCCGAAGUUGAAGAAAUACAGUGCAUGGGUGUACGGUGGGUUAGUGAUCGCCACCAUUUCGGUGAUGUUUUCCUUGUUGUUUUGGUUGUUAUACGCUAGAGAAAGGCAACACCGCAAGUACACCAAGAAUGUCAAUAAGGGCUUUGACCAGUCGCCUCUUGCUGGUGGGAAGAAGCCGUAG